GUGUCGCUCAAAUCCUCACCAGCGAGGCAAAAAUCUACGAUUCCGUCACGCUGGCCGCUGCGAUGCUCCACGACACCGUCGAGGACACGAAAACCACUCACGAGGAGAUAUUGGCCGAGUUUGGACAAGAAGUGCACGACAUUGUCAAGGAGGCGAAGCUCGUCAAGCUGGCCGAUAAGCUAUACAAUUUGAGGGAUAUCGAACGAGCGCCGCCGUUUGGGUGGGAUAAACGCCAGGCAAGGGAGUACUUCAAGUGGGCGAAGGAGGUCGUCUCCGGGCUCAAAGGCACUAAUGAGGCACUCGAGAAUGCGCUGGACGAUCUGAUCAACCGGAAUUUA